GCCAAACCCAAACAUAACAUAUUGACAGCAACAGCGUCCCGUUGAUGUUAACUGUAAUUUCCUACGUUUUAUGCAGCUAGUAUCUUACAGAACCUGACUAGAAACCACAAAAAUGUAUAAAGUGGAUUUGCCUGUUGAUGAUUCAAAAGACAAGGUCGUGGAGGCCCGAAGGUCUGCAGAAAGAGCUCGCAAAGCCCGAUUCUUCAACCCUCGCCGGCGUGUGAUAGGCCUUGACCUGGAUGCUCUAAACCAGCAAGUCCUGGAAAAUAAGUUCAAGCGAAGCUGUGAGAAACAACGAGACAGGGAUUUCGAUAACCUGAAGAGAUACCAAGAUGAAGUGGUUCUUCUGCAAGAUAGUAAUGAGAAAGAGAAGCGGAAAGCUUUGCAAAAGGACCUGACCCAGUUCUGGGAUUCACAGCAGCAAAUGAAGAUCUCUCAUGAUGUUGAGGUGAAGGGGACGUACAACCUCACGGUUCCCGAAACUGAACUGGGGCCUUCCAGCAUGUAUGUAUUUCAGGGAGAAGAUCGCGAACAGAAGGAAAGGGUGAAAGAGCAAAUGAGACAAAAAGAAAAAGAUUUGCAAGCACAAAUGGAUGAUAAGAAAAUGAGGGACAAGAGAGCGAAGCACAGAGAGACGCUCUUGAACAAGCAGCUGGUGAAUCAAGACCUAAUGUGGGCCCAGCAGAAUGCACUCGAAGAGGAGCGUAGGAAAGCUGCCCUCGUCUCACUCUCGAACGACAAUCAAGCCUUGGCUGAGGAGCGAGCUCUGAACCUCAGCGAGCAGCGUAGGAAGGAGGCGAUGGAUAAUCUGAUAGAUAUUUGGCACACCGGGACAUCUGACAUGUUGACAGAGUCUGCAGAGGCAGCAGAGACCCAAUUGGGAGGAGGGAGACCACCGCAUGUUCUGCCAGACAAGUGGAGGGGGAUGAGCCUCAAACAGCUCAACAACUUCCACGAGCAGAGAGAGCAACAGCGCCUCGAGAGAAAGAAACAACUUGAGGCUGAUAAGAUUAGGGAUGCAGCCUGGGACCUGCAGCUCCUGAAGAUUUCCAAAACAGAAGAGGAGAAGGAACAGAGAAUGGCAGAACUAAGAAGACAACAGAGAGUCCUGAUGGACCAAGAAAACAAGCAUCUGGCCAGACAGCAGCAGGCACAUCAGCACUAUCUGAAUACGGAGCUCUAUACCAACAAACCCACCAGGGAUUAUUUUGACCAGUUUAACACGGGUUGCCGCUAACCAAGAACCCACCACCAGCUUGUCCCCUGUCAACAAUUUACG